UGAACUAGACAUGGGAGCCUUAAAGGUUUGAUCUACAACUUCCAGCUAGUUAAAACCUAUAGGCCAAUCUCUCUCUCUCUCUCUCUCUCUCUCUCUCUCUCUCUCUCUCUCAUGGAGGAUGGUAAGCAGCCAUUUUUGACCUCCAGGAACGAGGACCAAGACCAAGAGGAGGAGCAGCAGCUGGUACAGCCCACCGCAGCCACGUUCGUUGCCGGUGUCCCUGACAUCGCUCCGAUCAAGGGGUUUAGAGACGUCUGCAGACAGUUCCUCGUUGAGUCAAAGAAGCUCUGGUACCUCGCCGGCCCAGCCAUCUUCACCUCCAUAUGCCAGUACUCACUCGGUGCCAUAACCCAAGUCUUCGCUGGCCACGUCGGAACGCUAGCACUCGCAGCUGUCUCCAUCGAAAACUCUGUCAUAGCUGGCUUCUCCUUCGGCGUCAUGCUUGGAAUGGGGAGCGCGCUCGAAACGCUAUGCGGGCAAGCAUACGGAGCUGGACAGGUUGAUAUGCUGGGGAUCUACAUGCAAAGGUCGUGGGUGAUUCUGGUGACCACGGCUUUGUUUCUAAGCCUUCUGUACAUCUUUGCGGAGCCACUCUUGAAACUCAUCGGCCAAACCGACGCAAUAUCGGAAGCGGCGGGAGUCUUCGCCAUUUGGAUGAUUCCGCAGCUUUUCGCUUACGCGAUGAACUUCCCGAUCGCCAAGUUCCUGCAGUCGCAAAGCAAGAUAAUGGUGAUGGCGGUGAUUGCUGCGGUGGUUCUGGUUCUGCACGCUUUCUUUAGCUGGUUGUUGAUGCUGAAGUUGGGAUGGGGGCUGGUGGGAGCGGCGGUGGUGCUGAACUCAUCGUGGGUGAUCAUAGUGGUUGCACAGCUUAUAUAUAUUUUCUGUGGGACCUGCGGACGGGCCUGGUCUGGGUUUUCAUGGAAAGCGUUUCAGAAUCUUUGGGGUUUCGUGAGAUUAUCUCUGGCCUCCGCAGUUAUGCUCUGCUUGGAAGUUUGGUAUUUCAUGGCGCUAAUCCUAUUCGCUGGAUAUCUGAAGAAUGCGGAAGUUUCGGUUGAUGCGUUGUCCAUAUGCAUGAACAUCUUGGGAUGGACAAUCAUGGUAGCUCUUGGGAUGAAUGCCGCCAUAAGUGUGAGGGUAUCAAAUGAAUUGGGAGCAGCUCACCCAAGAACGGCCAAGUUUUCAUUAGUGGUGGCAGUGAUAACAUCAUUUCUAAUCGGCAUCGUCCUCUCCGCCAUUCUGAUAAUUACACGAAACGACUACCCAUCUUUGUUUUCUAGUGAUACAGAUGUAGAAACCCUAGUUAAGGAGCUCACUCCAAUACUGGCUGCAUGCAUUGUCAUUAACAAUGUUCAACCUGUUCUCUCAGGGGUGGCAAUUGGAGCAGGAUGGCAAGCUGUUGUCGCUUAUGUGAACAUUGCAUGUUACUACGUGUUUGGGAUCCCUCUGGGUCUCAUUUUGGGUUACAAGCUCGAUAUGGGUGUCAGGGGGAUCUGGUAUGGAAUGAUGACAGGAACGAUUGUACAGACGUGUGUUCUUUUCUUCAUAGUUUAUAGGACCAACUGGAGCAAAGAGGCUUCUAUUGCUGAAGACAGGAUAAGGAAAUGGGGAGGGCAAGCAGAGACCGGUACCAUAGAGAACAAUGUCGACAAAACAGCCGAGACCUAAGAGUGAUGAACCCGAUUUUUGCAGAACAUCAGUGGCAAAUUGCAGGCCACUUAGAAGCCAAUUUUCUUAACGUUUAGGCCCCAACAACAAUUUGGUUUACAUGUUUUUGAAGAGCAAGAUUCACUCCUUGCCCGGAGUAAUUACUAAUAAAGUAUUCACAUUCUGCGAGGAAAUUAUCAUCUUAAAUUGUCCAACCUCUGAUGCAAAUUGGAACGCAUGAUGAACAUUUAACAGCUGUAGGAACUUAAGUCAUCUCAUCUUGAAAUGUUCUAUCUUCUAUUCUAAUACACAGAAUACUGAAUAUCACUA